AUGGCUUCCAAGUACACUGUCAGAAAGAUCGGAGCUCCAAACACUUUGGAGCACCGUAUCUAUAUCGAAAAGGAUGGCGUUCCAGUUUCUCCUUUCCACGAUAUCCCCCUUUAUGCCAAUGAGCAACAAACCAUCUUGAACAUGGUUGUUGAGAUCCCAAGAUGGACAAACGGCAAGAUGGAGAUCAGCAAAGAAGAGAUGCUUAACCCAAUCGAAUAUGUGAAGAAGGGCAAGCUUCGUUUCGUCCGCAACUGCUUCCCACACAAGGGUUAUCUCUGGAACUACGGUGCCUUCCCUCAAACUUGGGAGGACCCUAACGUUGUCCACCCAGAGACCAAGGCCAAGGGUGACAACGAUCCAUUGGACGUUUGCGAGAUCGGUGAAUUGGUCGGAUACCCUGGUCAAGUUAAGCAAGUCAAGGUUCUCGGUGUUAUGGCCUUGCUUGAUGAGGAGGAGACCGACUGGAAGGUCAUUGUCAUCGAUGUCAACGACCCAUUGGCUCCUAAGCUCAAUGACGUUGAGGAUGUUGAGAGACACCUUCCAGGUCUCUUGAGGGCUACAAAUGAAUGGUUCAGAAUCUACAAAAUCCCCGAUGGAAAGCCAGAGAACCAAUUCGCUUUCACUGGAGAGUGCAAGAACAAGAAGUACGCCACCGAUAUCGUCCGUGAGUGUGCUGAGGCUUGGGAGAAGCUCAUCACUGGCAAGACCACCCCAGGUGAUGUUUCAACCACCAACGUCACUGUCAAGCACUCAACCAGCCGUGUUGAAGCAAGCCAACUUCCUCCUAUCCCAUCUAACGAGAACCUUGCCCCAGCUCCUAUCGACCCAAGCAUUGACAAGUGGUUCUUCAUCUCUGGUGCUGCCGCUUAA